AUGGCACCGUCAUCCUCAUCCCCCUUUGCCCGCUCAAACAGACCAUCUACCACGCCAUCAACCCGGUUCAGUUCCUCUAAACCCGUCAAACGAAACGCCAGUAUCCUUCAAUUCUUUAGUAAGGCGGAAACUCCUCCCAAACCUGUUUCAACGCAACAACGGAUUACCCAAUUCGUCGCACAACGAGAUGAUAGCUCCGUCCCAUCAUUGUCAAGCAAGGACUUGAGGAAUAAUGGAACCGCGGAGUAUGAGAGUCUAUUUGUCGAGGACGUCAAAGCCGGGAAUAAUAAUGGCUUUGGAUCGGAGGGACAGCCGCUUUCUGAGCGAGAGAGAUCGAGGUCUCCAGAUGAUCUUUGGGCGAGGUUGGGGAGUUCGGAUAUCGGUGCCUACCAGGCUGGCGGUGAUAGGUAUCAUGAGGAUGGUAUGGCGGUCAAAAGGCGUAAGAUGGGAUUUGACUACGCAGAAGUGAAUAUUCAUGGGCAGUCGGAAACUGCUGUCGCGCAAGAGAUGAAAAUCGGGCAAGAAACGCGCAUAGCUUCGAAUAAUGGAGAGCGCAAGUUUACGGGCCCUUUUUUGAUUGAUUCGGACAGCGAGGACGACCCACCUGUGGUUGGCCAGCUUUCGAGUCAAUGCAAUACGGGAUCGGCUUUGGUAGGUGUUGGAAAGUCUCUGGCAGAGUCUGGGGACAUGCUUCGAAUCUCACCGGAACGGGGGCUCAUGACACCCAACGAACCAGGGGAGAGACUUGAUGGUGGGGAGUGUCCUGCAAUGGAUCCUGGAGGUAGCGAUUGCGAAGAAACGAGUGAUUACGUUGACUUGACGGAAAACAAUCAUUUUGAAGCUAUGGAUGGUUGUCCGAAUGACGAAGAGGUUCCCAUUUGUCCCAUAUGCCAGAAAGGACUUCAAGGCUUAACGGAUGAUGCGGCGUCUCUGCAUGUCAACAAAUGUCUCGAUGGGGAGUCCAUCCCUGAAGUGACCAAAGUAGAUGCGUCCGAAUCGGUGCGAACAAGAGCUGACCUAAAGGUUAUGGCCCGCCCCGGGCAGAAAAACCCCUUCGCGAUAAGCUCGACGGUCACAAAAUCGUCGUCUGCAUUUUCAAAACUCAUGUCAGGCAAUGCGGAGGAUGCAGCAUGGGCCGCCGCAGCGGCUAACGAAGUGGCCUCCAGGGGAAAACAAGCCUUUGAGAGGACAUGUCCCUUUUACAAGAUACUUCCGGGAUUUUCAAUAUGCGUGGACGCCUUCCGUUAUGGCGCCGUCGAAGGCUGCAGUGCCUACUUCCUGAGUCAUUUCCACAGCGACCACUACGUGGGUUUAAAUUCGAAUUGGUCUCAUGGCCCCAUAUAUUGCAGCAAAGUUACUGGAAAUCUUGUCCGUCAGCAGCUAAAUGUAAAUCCGAAGUUCGUGGUUGAUCUUGAUUUUGAGAAGCCCACAGAUGUGCCUGACACAGACGGUGUCAAGGUUACUAUGAUACAUGCGAACCAUUGCCCGGGAAGUGCGCUCUUUUUGUUUGAAAAGAAAUUCGGACAAGGUAAGGGUCAGCGGGUUCAGCGUAUCCUGCACUGUGGAGAUUUCAGGGCCUCCCCAGCCCACAUUCAACAUCCGCUGUUAAGGCCUGAUCCUAUUGACCAAGCUACGGGGCAACCAAAGCAGCAGAGAAUCGACGUUUGUUACUUGGAUACAACCUAUCUCAAUCCCAAGUAUGCUUUCCCGAGCCAGCAGGAUGUUAUUGAUGCAUGCGCCCAAAUGUGCGUGAAUUUGAAUGAAAACAAAUCCGGUUGCCGUGAUCUCUGGCAGCGCGGCAAGUCGAUGCCGAAGGACUCUAAAGAACCCCAUGUCAAUGGGAAACCAACUGAGACUUCCAAAUCUAGGUUGCUCGUUGUCAUAGGGACCUAUAGCAUUGGCAAAGAACGGAUUUGUUUAGGGAUCGCAAAAGCACUUGGAUGCAAAAUCUUCGCAACAGCCGCGAAACAGCGCAUCUGUGCCUGCCUCGAAGAUCCCGAAUUAUCCAGUUUACUUACUAGCGAUCCAUUAGAAGCGCAAGUUCACAUGCACAGCUUAAUGGAGAUUCGCUCUGACACGCUUUCCGAAUAUCUCGCCUCUUUCAAACCCCAUUUUACGCAUGUCGUUGGCUUCCGGCCCACGGGGUGGAAUUAUCGACCACCGACCGGCCGGAUGGUCGAUAACCCGGCAGUUUCAACCGUCCUGCAGUCUGAGUCCUGGAAGACCCGGUUUACCGUGAAGGAUCUUGUUCCGCAGCGGGGCAGCAACAAGGAUAGUUCAUGCUUUGGCGUGCCCUACAGUGAACAUAGCUCGUUUCGAGAAUUAACAAUGUUUUGCUGUGCGCUGAGGAUUGCAAAGGUGAUUCCCACCGUGAAUGUGGCUAGCCGAAAGACUCGAGAGAAGAUGAAGGCCUGGAUCGAUAAGUGGGAGGCAGAGAAGAGGAAAUCUGGUUUAUUUAAACUUGAAGAAGGGGCCACGAGGUGGUGA